CUUCAUAUUUCCUGCUCUCUCCGUUCUCUCUUAUUCUGAUAUUCUCUUCUUUCAGUUUCAUACCUUCUCCCCCUCCCUCUCUCACAUGAGUACAGCUGAUCCGCCGGUAUCUGCCACAGGCGUCGGACUUGGUUAUGGUAUCGCCAUCGCAGUUAGCAUACUCGUUCUCAUCUCCACCAUAAUGCUCGCUUCUUAUGCUUGUGUAAGAGUUAAAGGCAGUUUACGUGAUCGUAGUAACAAUGGCGAUAAUGAUGACGAUACCGAUCCUUAUAGACAUAACCGCCAAUUCAUGACCGGCGAGCCCAUGCUGGUGAUUGGACUUGAUGGGCCUCAGAUCGAAUCAUACCCGAAGAUGGUGUUAGGCGAAAGUCGGCGACUUCCUAAACCCAAUAACGGCCCAUGUUCAAUCUGCUUGUCUGAUUACAAGCCCAAAGAUACCCUACGGUGCAUCCCAGCUUGCCAUCACUGUUUCCAUGCUGAUUGUGUUGAUGAAUGGCUUAAGAUGAGUGCCACGUGUCCUUUGUGUAGGAAUUCUCCUACUCCUUCAGCGGUUUCUACGCCUAUUGCUACUCCUCUAUCAGAAUUGGCACCGUUGUCCUUCCACCCCGGGUGAUCUUUGUACCAAUUGAUUGUUCUUUCAUUUUUAAUUUUUUCUCCUUUUAUUUUUUAAAAGCAAUCUCUCUCUCUCUCUCUCUCUCUCUUCUUUUAUUAUUAUUUUUUAGGAAUGCAGAAAUUUAGCUAUGAA